AUGGGUUUUCAAUUUUCAAAAAGAGGACGCAACAGUGCAUUAAUUGAAAAUGAUGACAUUCGGGCAUGGCGUAGACGGUAUAUCAGGGAUAUAAGGAAAUAUCGAGAGGAAGGCCGACCGAUUUAUUACCUGGAUGAAACGUGGGUGAAUGCCGGAGACGUGGCAAUACGAGUAUGGUGUGAUACAACCGUUAAAUCGAGCCAAGCUGCAUUUUCCCAGGGUCUUUCUACCGGAGCAGUUAACCCCACCGGAAAGGGAAAACGGCUCAUAGUGUGUCACAUCGGCUCUGAAGAUGGAUUUGUUUCGGAUUCGUUAUUAUGCUUUGAGUCGAAGAAAAACACCAACGAUUAUCAUGAUGAAAUGAAUGGUGAUAGUUUCCAUGAUUGGUUGGAAGGUGUUUUACCGAGGCUCAAAGAUAAUGCGGUCAUAGUUAUGGACAACGCGCCAUACCACUCGGUGAAGUUGGAGAAAUGCCCGACUUCAAACUGGAGGAAGGCUGAUAUCAUCCAAUGGCUACAGGGUAAAGGAGAAGUUGUUGACCAAACUAUGAUAAUACCGGAACUACUGGAAGUUGUUAGAAGGAUAAAACCGAUCUACAACAAGUACGUCAUCGACGAGAUGGUUUUACAACAGAACAAAACAGUGUUAAGGUUACCACCUUAUCAUUGCGAGCUCAAUUCAAUUGAGUUAGUUUGGUCUGUUGUAAAACGUCACGUAAAAGCCAACAACAAGACAUUUAAAUUACCUGAUGUCAAAAACCUCUUGGUCGAAGGAAUAGCCAAAGUGGACGCUGAAAUGUGGAAGAACUUCGUAAAGCACACAAUUGAAGAGGAAAAUAAGUUUUGGACCUUAGAUGACACGGUGGACGAAUUGUCGGCUGAACAAAACAGAUUGGUUAUGACCAUAGGAAAUAGUGACACUGAAGAAGAUGACGAUUUCGAUCUUUUAUCAGAUUAA